UUCGCGCGGCCGCUGGCGGGGGGGAGAGAAGUGUAGGCGUCGCGGGUGUCUUCUGCUUGCGCGUCCCGCGGCUGUACAAAUUGUGCCUGUGGCGCCCGCCUGCGAGUUCCUUUCUCCCCCUUUCCUCCUCUCUCUCGUUGGUUUCGUCCCGUACGGGCCAUAGCGACGGUGGGCGCGCUGAGGGAAGAUGGCGGCGCCGGCCCUUGUACCGCUGUCGCCUCCGUGAGCGCGGCGUUCGCUCCUUUCCCCCUUCCUCUCCUCGUUCCGGUGCCCCGUCCCUCCCGGCUGCCCCUCGUCUCUUCUCCUCCACUGCUGGGAGCGCAGGGGCCAUGUCGGACUCGGAGGAGGAGGAGAGUCCGGACCGCCAGCUCAAGCUAGUAGUGCUGGGGGACGGCACCACUGGCAAGACGUCGUUAGCCACACGUUUUGCCCAAGAAACAUUUGGAAAACAGUACAAACAAACCAUAGGACUGGACUUCUUCUUGAAAAGGAUAAUAUUGCCAGGAAAUUUGAAUGUUACUCUUCAAGUGUGGGAUGUAGGGGGUCAAACGAUAGGAGGCAAAAUGCUGGAUAAAUAUAUUUAUGGAGCUCAGGGUAUUCUGUUGGUUUAUGAUAUUACCAAUGGCCAGAGUUUUGAAAAUUUAGAAGACUGGUAUAAUGUGGUAAAAAAAGUGAAUGAAGAAUCAGAAACACAGCCACUUGUGGCCUUGGUUGGAAAUAAAAUUGACUUGGAGCAUAUGCGCACAGUGAAAGUUGACAAGCACCAACAAUUUUGUCAGGAGAACAAUUUCAGUAGCCAUUUCGUGUCAGCCAAGACAGGAGAUUCUGUCUUCCUGUGUUUUCAGAGAGUUGCUGCUGACAUACUUGGCAUCAAAUUAAACAAAGCAGAAUUAGAACAAUCGCAGAGAGUGGUGAAGGCAGAUAUUGUCAACUACAGUCAGGAGCCUGUGACAAGAACCGUUAAUCCUCCUAGAAGCUCAAUGUGUGCAGUUCAAUGAUGAUGCUGUUGUUCUCUGUUUUGAUACCUUUGACCAUCUUCCUACCUUGACACUGGCUCUGGGAUUACCAGGAACUUGGUUUUAACAGUGACCAUUGCAACAAUGCAAUUAGAGGUUUCAAAAACGUGUUACACAUUUUAUGUUGAGAAGCAGCAGUUUCUUCACUGGCCAGAGUUCAAACAUGAGACCACACACUUUGAAAAAUUAAGAUCUAUAUUCUUUUAAAUUAUAUUUAAAUAAAGUGGUAUAACUGUGUCUAUAUGUUUCCUUCUAUCUCCUAUCUAUUUGACUGAUAUGGGAGUAAAAAUGUGUGAAGGAGUCCUGCAUUCAAAAUGCUUUUAAAGACACGACCAUGGAAGGGUGUUUUGCCAAAGUAUUUUAAAAUUUUUUCUCUCCUUUUUUCUCCUGUGAUCUGAACUAACAUUCAGCAAAAUGUAACUUGGAAAAGCUGUUGCUGGAAUAAUUUUAAGCACAUGAUAUAUUUUAUCUAGGGAUAGUUUAGAAAUUAUUUCAUUAAUAUAUAUUCAUAGUCAAAAGGUAUAAAUUGUAUCCUAUAAGAAACAGUGCUUGAAAUAAAGCUGUAAUAUAAAAAUAGUUAACUUUCCUGAAGUCUCAAGUUGUCUCCGUGGAUGCUCUGAAAAAUACUAGUGGUUUUGUGUGUUUUUAUUACCACAUCAGGAUUACUUCUUGCAGUAGUAGAUACACUCAUAUAUCUUCAUGAAUAUGGAUGAACCUCAGUCAACGGUUUGGGCUUUAGAUGUUGAAUGAUAUAUUCAACACGCAUCAGAAACUGCUGAUAGAUAAAGUAGA